AUGCAUCACGGCGGCGUCGAGUUGACUGUGAACGAGUUACGACAACGAUACUGGAUCACGCGAAUACGACCUACGGUGAAAAGUGUUAUAAGGAACUGUCCGAUAUGCAAAUUAAGAAAAGCGAAGCCAAUGACACCGUCGACGGGGGACCUACCACCGGCGCGACUCAGUCAUCAUACAAGGCCAUUUUCAUACACGGGCCUUGACUACUUUGGACCGAUGGAAGUAACCGUCGGCAGGCACCGCGAGAAACGAUGGGUGGCGCUCUUCACAUGUCUUACGAUGAGAGCUAUACAUCUUGAGGUUGUGACGUCACUGAGCGCGGACUCAGCGAUCAUGGCGCUGCGCAGAUUCCUGGCGAGAAAGGGCGUUCCGACUGAACUGUGGACCGACAAUGCCACGUGUUUUAAAGCUGCCGACCGCGAGCUCAAGGAGGCAGCCGAGGAGAUCAUCAACGCGACCAAGGAGGAGGCCAGCGCACGCUGCAUCCGCUGGUGCAACGUCCCGAGCGCGGCACCGUUCAUGGCCGGCGCGUGGGAACGAUUGGUGCGGUCGGUGAAGGAAAGCCUACGCGUCACGCUGCAUGAGAAGCAUCCAAGCGACGAGACCCUGGCUACACUACUUGCCGAGGCGGAGAACAUCGUCAAUUCCCGUCCACUCACACAUGUACCAGUGACGCCGGAUGAACCCGAGGCGCUGACUCCAAACCACAUACUAUUGGGGCCAAACAGCCACGUACCAGCACCAGGGCGGUUCUCAGAAAAGGACGAGUCUGCGAGAAAAUUAUGGAGGCGCGCACAGCAUCUGGCGGACGAGUUUUGGAGACGUUGGGUGAAGGAGUACCUUUCCCAGCUACAACAGCGGCGGGAGCCCUACCAUACCGGCUCUCACCCCAAAGUCGGCGAUCUAGUCAUCAUCUGCGAUCCAAACCUACCCAGGAACGUAUGGCCACGAGGACGAGUAUCUCGAGUAUAUCCAGGGCCGGACGACGAAGUACGCGUCGUGGACGUGACGACGAGCAACGGGCACGUGCUGAAAAGACCAAGCAAGAGGAUCGUCGUGCUACCAGUAUUAGAGCCGCAUGCUGCGACCGGCGGGAGAAAUGUGCACGACGAACCGCGCUCCGAUGCAAGACCGGUGAAAUAA